AUGAAGGUCAAGCAGAUUCUAGCCUAUCCCAUCAAAUCCCUACGCGGCGUAUCACUGCCAGACGCUGUCGUCACCAAAUAUGGCCUAUCCUGGGAUCGCCGCUUCAUGCUCGUCAAGAUCGACGAGAAUGCUCCGACACCAGCAGACUGGAAGGUCCAAAACAUGGCCGUCUCCAUCUUUUCUGCCAUGUGCUUGUUCACUGUUGAGCUCAAAGUACCCAACAACGAGGAUGAGCAGUCCGCGUACAUUAUAGUCACCUUUGACGCCGCUCGAAGCGAGAAGCCAAGAACUCUCAAGAUACCCAUGUUUCCAAACACUGCUGAUCUCGACACAAAACCUGUCAACCUGCACGGGGCCAAGACCACAGGCUUCGUUAUGGGUCAGAAGUACCGCGAUUGGUUCUCGGACUGCUUUGGCUUUGAUACUGCCCUGAUCUAUGUUGGUGACAACAGCAGACAUGCGCUUUGCUCCAAUCCGGCCAGGAAUUCCUCCACCUGGCUGUCAUCCUUUACUAGAAACCUCCCAGCCUUCAUUGUAGGUGAGGAUCAGAUUAGAUUCCAAGACUGUGUGCCAUAUCUCGUAGUUUCCGAUACAUCGUGCAAUGAGAUGUCCGACCGUCUACCCGAGGGCGUCGAGAUGGACAUCACCAAGCUAAGACCAAACAUUGUAAUUGAAGGUGCUGAGGAGCCGUGGGAAGAGGACUACUGGGCUGAACUGGCUGUUGGCAACGUCAAGAUCAUUACUGCGCACAACUGCGGACGGUGCCAAAGCAUAAAUGUCAACUAUGAGGAUGGCCGAUUCAGGACCGGCCCGGCUGGAGCAGCCUUGAAGACGCUCAUGAGGGACCGACGUAUAGACAAGGGCCAUGGAUAUGCACCCGUCUUCGGGCGAUAUAGCUAUCUCGACAACAGAGAUGACGGAAAGAUGAUCAGGGUUGGUGACGACGUCAAGGUUCUCAAGACUAACAUUACCAACACUACUUUUGACUUUACAGGUAGUUUCGCUUGA